CUGAGAUUCAGCGCUAGGCCAUUCUAGGUUACGCCAUUCUCGGCGCUAACCGGGUUAAUACUAGCAUAUGUGUAAAAUCCUUCAUCCACUGCCCGAUUUAUAAGGCUUAGAAAUGGUUGGCCUGUCCUUUCAGCGCCGUCCAAGGGGCCUCGGGGGAUUCCCGAUCUUAUCAAAACUCAAAAAGCCAGCCUGCUUCUGUUGACGUUUCGCGUGAUAUUGUAUACAAUAACCACAUCUCGGCCACAAAUGAAGUGCGGCUUUAACCUCUCACUCUGCGCUCAACAGUUUCUCAAACCCCGCUACAACGUAUUCUCGCCUCUGUCGCCCGCCAGCACUGGUCUCCUGAAACCUCAUCGCUACCAUCUUUCUACGAAGGCUACGCCUAUCGCCACGAUGAGUCAAGAACAGCCGCAAGAGCCAGCACCAAAGCAGGAGGAAGAGCAGAAGCUCCCCCCGCUCUCACCCCAAGAUUUCAGAGCGUAUAACCAAAAAGCCGAGCAGAUGGAGUACUUUCACGCCCAUUUCCGACACUCGUGGAACAUCCUCUGGGAUGCAACAACAGCCAAGAAACGCCCAUCAAACAUGACGCUAAAGCAAUUCAUCAACGUCGGCUUGCAAUUUGCGCAGCAUCUCGAGGUGCACCACAGUAUAGAAGAGAACCACGUUUUUCCGUACCUCGCGCGGCGCAUGCCGGAAUUUCAAGCGAAAGGGCGCGGGAAACGCGCUGCGGAACUUUUGCGGCAGCAUCGGCAGAUUCACGACGGGCUUGAGGGGUUUGAAAAGUAUCUCGAGAAGUGUGUAUCUGGGGAGGAAGAGUUGAGGCUUGACGUGCUGCGGGAAAAGAUGGAGGGGUGGCGUGAGGUCCUCUGGACGCAUCUGGAUCAGGAGGUUAAGACCUUGGGGGCGGAGAAUAUGAGGCGGUAUUGGAGUAAAGAAGAGAUCGCGAUGAUUCCCAUGUGAGGUGUUCAUGUAAAUGUCGAGUUGGAAUAUACGAGCGUUCUUGGAGCCAGAUAGCGUUUUGAAUGCAGUUGUUCGCAUGUGUUG